UAAACCACGAAGAAAAAGACCUUGACACAUGAUGGACUCUUAGAAAAUUUAUUCACGAUUCUGGAUUGUUUUGCUUUUGGCUCUUUUUUAAAAUGGCGACAAGUUUAGUGGGGUUUAGGUUUUGUCCAACGGACGAGGAGCUGAUAAACUAUUUUCUCAAGAACAAGAUUCAAGGUAAAUCAUGGUUAGUCGACGAUAAGAUUAGAGAAGUUAGCAUCUGUGGCCACGAACCUGCGUCUUUGCCUGCGUUGUCAAUGAUCAAAUCAAAGGAUCCUGUAUGGUACUUCAUCUCUCCAAAGGAGUACACGUCCCCGAAAAAGAAUGUCACGAAGAGGACUACACCUUCUGGGUUUUGGAAAGUUACCGGCAACGAUCGGAAAGUCAAGGAGGAGAAAAGAAGAAACGGUGUUGUGAUCGGUAUUAAAAAGACGCUUGUGUACCAUGAAGGUAACUCUUCUAAUGCAGCUAGGACUCCUUGGACUAUGCACGAGUAUCACAUCACUUGCUUGCCUUAUGUUACUCAGAGCUACGUUAUUUGCAAGAUAUUUUAUAAGGGCAACGUUGGAGACAUCCCAUCCUGUAGCAACUCGAGUGAACCAAGUCAAUAUUUGCUCAUUAAUGAUUCAAACACAGUCGGAGCGACUAACACACCGCCUCAAGUUGAGCAGGCAGGUCAAGCAAGUUUAUCUGGCUUCUCUGCGAAUGACGUGAUAAUGCUAAUGAACGAGCAAGAGGAUCUCUGUCCUUGGGAUGCACUGUGUCCAAUUCCAAAUACGUUGUUCAUUGACAACAACGACAACACUAACGUGCAGCUACAAGCGCCUUGCUUAGCACAGGACGACGAUGAGAAUCUCGGUGCAUUCACGCAGAUAGAAUAUUUGUGUACCGAUCAUCAAGAAUUCAUAACGCAAGAGAACUCUGAGGAGUACAUGAUAAAUGGUCUUUGCUUAUUAUAGCAGAGAGAUAGUACUCUGCGGUCUGUAAAGCACAUCAAUUCCUUUUUUUUAGUAUUACUUUCAUGGACAUAUAAAUAAAGUUUAUUACAAUAAGACAGAAACGCACAAAACUUAUGCAGAACCUUACCAUAAGUAAAAAUGGAAUUAUAAGCAACCCCAAUGGAAGAGUUCACAAGUAUCUAAACUAUACUGUAUGUAUAUAUACAUAUUUUGAAAAGGAAUUCUUGUGAUUUUGAGAUAAUGAGAUCUCCAAAGAAAUAGUUAAAAUGUUUACUUUUAAAUGUUUUGAAAACUCCAUGAAAACUCCCCAUUACUCAUGCUCUAACCAUCCAUUGUUCUAAAAUACGGUUUCUAGCUGCCAUAGAUUCAGUUACAUGAAGAAAUUUAAUCAAACACCAUACUAUUGUUUUAUGUUGCGAUUAAAGACGAAAUUGAGAACCACAAAAAAACUCCCUAGUUACAAACACUGCCAUAGAUUGAGUUAUAAACGGAGAGAAAGCACAGCACACGAACUUGCGGAUGAGAUGAUAAUCUCCUUAGAUGUCUAUGUGAAAUGCCAGUAGAAGAGACAGAGAUGUAUUUAUAGAGAAACCGAGGUGAUGUAAAUGAGUUGGUGGAUGGUUAUUUGGGAGAAGAUAAGAACGAGGAAAAAGAAAACAUUUUCUUCUUUUCUUUAAUGUUUAAAUUCUAAAAGAAAAUAUUACUUCAGUUCUAAAACAAAUAUUACUUCAAUUAAAAAUAUGUAUGGUGUGUUGGUGGAAGCUUGCUCGACAAGUACUUAGCAGCACUCAUAAUCCACAUCAGGUAAUGACUUCAACAAGUAAGUUCGCUACAUCUAUUGCUCUUGGAAAUAACUCUACUAUCAAUGGUGUUCCAAGCCACGGUAUAUCACUGUUGGAGGUGAUGACAAAAUGGUCCGAAGAACCAAAAAGAUCUUUCAUUCCACGCA